AUGCCUCCCAAGAAGGCUGCUGUCCAAGAAAAGGUCCUUCUGGGCCGCCCAGGAAAUAACCUGAAGAGUGGUAUCGUUGGUCUCGCCAACGUCGGCAAGUCCACACUGUUCCAAGCUAUCACCAAGUCUAACCUUGGUAACCCCGCCAACUUCCCUUAUGCCACCAUUGACCCCGAAGAAGCUCGAGUCAUCGUCCCCGAUGAGCGCUUCGACUGGCUGUGCCAGCAUUACAAACCUAAGUCAGAGGUUCCUGCCAACUUGACCGUCUAUGAUAUCGCCGGUCUGACUCGCGGAGCCUCCACUGGUGCUGGUCUGGGUAACGCUUUCUUGUCCCACAUCCGUGCUGUCGAUGCUAUCUUCCAGGUGGUUCGAUGCUUCGAUGAUGCUGAGAUUAUCCACGUUGAGGGUGAUGUCGAUCCUGUUCGUGACUUGGUCAUCAUCAGCGAGGAGCUGCGGAUUAAGGAUAUCGAAUUCGUCGAGAAGGCCCUCGAGAACUUGCAGAAGCAGACAAGGCGUGGUGGACAGUCUCUAGAAAUGAAGAAACUGCGUGAAGAAGAAGCCACUGUUACCAAGAUUCUCGAGUACUUGAAGAGCGGCAAGGAUGUCAGACACGGUGACUGGAGUCCUAAGGAGGUUGAGGUCAUCAAUCCUCUCUUCCUUCUCACUGCCAAGCCUGUUGUUUUCCUGAUUAACCUCAGCGAAAAGGACUACAUCCGCAAGAAGAACAAGUACAUUCCUAAGGUCAUGGAAUGGAUUAAGACCAAUGCUCCUGAUGAUGCUAUUCUUCCCAUCUCUGCUUCCUUUGAGGAGCGCUUGACCCGGUUUGAGACCGAGGCUGAGGCUUUGGAAGAGUGCAAGAAUGUGGGCGCUUCUUCGGGUUUGCCCAAGGCCAUUACCCAAAUGCGCACCGCACUCAACUUGGCCAGUUUCUUCACUACUGGCGUGGAUGAAGUCCGUCAGUGGACCAUCCGCAAGGGCGUCAAGGCACCAUCCGCUGCAGGUGUUAUCCACACUGAUUUUGAAAAGACUUUCAUUCAGGUUAUUGUGUAUAACUACUCCACCCUGAAGGAACUGGGUGACGAAGGCGCCGUCAAGGCCGCCGGAAAGGUCAUGACCAAGGGUAAGGAUUAUGUAGUGGAAGACGGAGAUGUUCUUCUAAUCAAGGCCGGAGCUGCCCGUGCAACAACUGCUAGUAUCCCACCGAGCAACCGCUCGAAAGUCAAGUCCUCUGUACAGCGAGCUCUCCGCCAGAAGCUCAUAGAGGCACACCCCAAAUGCGAACCUUAUAUUGAUGAGAUCCUUCCGAAGAAGGCCCAACUCGAUGCCGUUAAGCUACCCGAAAGAACAACCCUCUACACCAUCGACUCCACCCCUCUCUUUUAUCAACCUCUCGACGGCCCUCCCAUCCCCCACCUGAAACUCCUGCAUGCCUUCCCCGAUAUCCUACCCAGUAUCCAGAUCGACCGAGGCGCCAUCCGUUUCGUGCUCUCCGGGGCGACGCUUAUGGCGCCUGGAUUGACGUCGCCUGGUGGACGAUUACCGGAUGCAGAGCACGCGCUGGAAAAGGGCACUGUUGUUGCGGUGCGGGCCGAGGGCAAAGAGGAGAUUUGCAUGGUUGGCGCGCUGAAGCUAAGCACUGAGGAGAUGAAGGCCAAGGGGAAGGGGGUUGUGAUUGAUGAUGGGCAUUAUCUUGGGGAUGGGCUUUGGAAGAUGACUUUGGAUUAA